CCUUCUCACUAGCACAGGAUCGAAGGCACAACGCCGGCAGACACGAUCACGUACACACGGACACACGUGACCGCUCGCGUCAGCGUUCCUCGCAUCAAACUCCGAAGCCAGAGCACAUUGGGGCCAAGACGGCAGUCGCGAGUCUCGCGCAGCGUGCAGUCAGUUUGCAGUCGGACACCGUACCGAGUGGAGCUGCGUUUUCUCCGUGCAACACUCGUGUUUCUGUCUUGUCGUUUUCUAAUCGGGGCCAGAAUCUCUGUAACAGCGGACCUGUCUUGACGUACCUACACACGCACAGACCAGACGCUCGAGUUUCUGUCACCUGAUCGACAGAGUUCAAGUUCAUCGGAGUAAAACCCGUGCAUCUUUGAUUCGACAAAUUUUAAUUAUCCGCCAAGUGUUAUCUCUCUUCGUGUGCCUUUAGAAAAAAAAAAGAUUUUUUUUUUCUUCUUCUUUCAUCGUCGAGGACGUUUGCCAGAGAAUCAUUGACACUCUCUGUUCUACCGACUUUAUUUCCGUUUGGUUUGCUUUUGGUGGUGUCAACGUUUGACGCAAGAGGAGAUACAAUCCCGCCUGCUGGAUUAAAAACCCGUUCGUCUGAACGAAGAGGCUACGAUCGCGAGACGCGAUAACAGAAGCGUUAUUAUGACGGUGAUUCUCGUUACGUUGCUUCGACAAACGGGAUACUUAACGCUCAGCCAGUGACUGUCUCCGUGUAUCGCGGAUUAAAAAAAAAAAAAAAACAUUUUCGAACGAUCGACGAGUGCUGAUCGCGCGCCGUGUCUGCGUUCAACGAUCAGAUCGACCAGGCAAAAGUGGAUCGCUGUUCUGUCGUUCGAUCGUGUUCCAGAGAAUCAUUCAAAAUUGAUGUACUAAGAAGACAAAUUAUGGUGGCAGAAUUUGUCGCCCGUCAGAGUGGAUCACCGAUCAACGGUGAGACCGCGUGUCUGAACAGCAACAUGCCGGCCACCCACACAAUGGCACACGCCGGCCACGGUGGUCAUGGUGGACACGAUGCUCAUGGACCUUUGCCACCACUGACGCAUCCUUCGCACCAUGGUGGGCCACCGUCCAUGCAGCAGCAGCAGCAACACCAGCAUCCACCUCAACAGCAACCGCCGCAACAGCAACAACCCCAGCACCACCAUCACCACCAUCAGGCUCAGCAGCAACAGGCCCAACAGCAGCAGCAGCAGCAGCAGCAGCAGCAGCAGCAGCAACAACAGCAGCAUCAACAACAACUUCAUCACGAUGCCCAACAGGUGACACACCCUGAAAAUUUCCCCCCGAACUUCGACAUCAGAAAAGAGCUAUUUUCUCAGCGCAAGCAACGGGAGUUCAUACCGGACAACAAGAAGGAUGACAGCUACUGGGACCGCAGAAGACGCAACAACGAGGCUGCCAAGCGGUCUCGCGAGAAGAGGCGUUUCAACGACAUGGUGCUCGAGCAACGUGUGAUGGAGCUGAGCAAGGAGAACCACAUCCUGAAGGCGCAGCUCGAGGCGAUAAGGGACAAGUUUGGUAUCUGUGGCGAAGCUGUGAUCAGCACGGAACACGUGCUCGCCGCGCUACCAUCCGAACCACCUAUUAGCGUAAAAAGGGCAAAAUUGCCACCCUCGGCGGCGCUACUUUAUGCCAGGACACCGAGCCCGGUGCACACGUCCGUUAUCCAUCAACCGGUAAGCGGAGCACGGUCGCCAAGGUCACCUGCACAACUGUACGUUCCCGAAACUACCACGUACCCGGAAACGGAAAGCUUCCAAUAUCCCCAUCCCUACGUAUCGGCCAUGCACCUUGACACGACGAGCGCGUUAAACCUGUCCCGCGGGCGACGCGCGCAAUCGCCGUUCGAGUUGUCGUCCGGCAGCGGUGACGAGGGCCCUCAGUUGACGGUCAAUCCGGCAGCUAACAACAGUUUGCCCCACAAACUGAGACACAAGUCGCGUAUCGGCGACAAGGACGCGGCCAGUGCGCUAUUGGCACUUCAGGGUAUCAAACAAGAGCCAGGACCAAGGGCGUCGCCACCAUGGGACAACGAAGGAUCCAGCGACGAACGGGACUCGGGCAUUUCCUUGGGGGCCGAAUGGACCGGGCCCACCGUCCCUACCGUUCCUGAAAGCGAAAGGGAGGUCAAGUCGAGGCUCGAUCGUCUCGCCUCCGAAGUCGCUUCCCUUCAAUCGAUACUCCGCCUCGGCAAACCGGCGGACAGUCUGGUCACGGGUCAUUCGUUGCCCGUCAACACCACCGUCAGCGGGCCGUGAGAUGAAUGCGAAUGGCCGUAUCUUCGCAGCCCCCGAGCGAACUCGCGACCAACCAUUUUUCGUUCCAUCGUGAAUAGCCAUCUUUCCGACCCUCUUUGCGAUCCAAGGUGACACGGCGAUCACGAUGGCGAUACCGCGAUGAUUCCCUCGUAUCUCGCAUCGAAAAUCCGGAGAGAUAAGAAAGACUUUCGACGCUCUGAUCGCGCGAACGUUCCAAGUGUGAUGGUUAGUUAGUUGGUAGUAGAAAGUAAGUAGUAGUCACGCGAUAUAUUCUCCCUUGAGUUUCUACCCUUUUGUACAGAUCUCCCUCGGUGACGAGACUAACUCGAGAAGAACAAGCAUCUACGUUGUUUCGUAUGCGACUACUACCGACUUUGCAGUAUUGGAUCCUCGUGUACUUUUUUCUUUUUUUUUUUUUGCUAUCGGCCAAUUUCGCGUGUUAUCGUAUAUACGGUUUCUUAUCUAUAGAUCGACUAGAGAUGUGUGAAAAAAGAACGGCAACAGUCAAGUCAGCUUUUUUAUCGGGAGAGUAUAAAGAAAAAAGGGAUUCUUUUUUUUUUGUUUUUGGUUUUUUAAUUUGAUCGAGUGCGAGGAUCGGUCGAAUCGCGACUGUUUAGAUGCGUUUCGGGUCCGCACGCUCUAUCGUAACGAUGAGUUAAGAUGAUAAGAAAGAUGCGACAGAUCCUAGGUGUUAUAAGUAACUUAUGCUGUAAGACUUUCUUAGGCUAUCUCUCGUUAAUAUUAUUAUCAUUAUCGUCAUUAGCGAGUUCAUUUGUUGAUUCGGAUGGUCGUGUAGCGGCUAAUUGAGUCGGGUCUGUCAUGUACCCGUUUGACCCGUACAACGAUUCGAAUCAAUUCAAGACUCGAUAUUCGAUUCGUAUCGUCCGAAAUUGCCGUGAGAAACGAACUCGCGUUAAUUCGAGCCUCUUCGGACACGAUUGAUGGUUUUUUUUUUUUUAUUUAUUCUCGUUGAACUAACUACGUAUCAAAUAUCACGACGAAAUUAACAGGAAGGAAAGGAAUAGCGCGACUUCGAAGAUUCUCGGAUUAACGAGGUCCCAAGUUUCUCCCGGUGAAUCGAUAAUUGGUCGCGCAACCGGCUAUUUCACUACCGCCAAUUAUGCUUAAACAACUUAAUCCCAGCAUCGUUACGCGAAAGGCACAAUAACUCCCUUCUGUCUUUUCUCCUUUCCAAAACAAGGAAGAGAACUUUUCUUGAAAGAGAUGUCUUCGCAUUUGGUGCAAAGAUUUUCAUUUAUUCGAUUCUCUUUUUCUUGAAAUUCAAUCUAACGACAACCAUUCGAUUACACAUUGCAAGUAUGUAUACAUCGUUUUCAACUUAACGGAUCCUCCCCAGUCUCGUUGGUGUCUUUCUUCUCGCGUCUUCUAGAUCAUCUUUCUCUCUUCUUCUUCUUCUUUUUUUUCUUUUUAUACGUUUUACUAUUAGCGAUUAACGUGACUGCGUGUGUAAAUAUGUGUAUAAAUGAGACAGCGAGAUAAAGGAUACGUGUAUAUUUCGGGUUAAUUAUGUCGUUCUUUGGUGCCUCGUGAUAUCCUCGAUACAUCGGCCGGUGCAGCUGGACCGUGGGACUACAUUAAGCGAGCCUACUGAUUAUGGAAUGUACAUAGGAUUUUCAGAAAGGAUUAUGUCAAAUUUGAACACUAUAUUCGUCAAAAUGAACAGAAAUGUUUUAUAAACUUUGAUCUAGAAAUCAUUCGAACCUUUCUUUAUUAAACGCCUUUAAUUAUUAUAAGCAGUAUUUUGCUAAAGAUUGAUACAAUCCUUUACGUAGUCCUGUGUACAUAUACAUACAUAUAUAUAUAUAUAUAUAUAUAUGAUGCACAUAUGAAAAAAAUAUACAUAUUUUUCGAUAACGUAAGAGAGAAUAAAACGAAUUGUGUCGUACACGAGGAAAGCUCUUAUUAAAAAGAAUCCUCGUAGUUGAAAAGAAGAUAGAAGUUGUCGAAAUUUCUGAUGAAGUGUCGAGGACAUCGAUCGAACGUUCAAGCAAACCAAAGCAAUUAAACAGCUUCGUCGAACGAUUCGUUGUAAUUUAGUAACAUUGUUGUGUCUCGAUUUACCGAGAAAAGAAAGAGAAAACUCACGAGUCGCGUUCGAUCGAUAUCCUCGUCUGUACGUCAGUGUGAUAAGCCACGAAACUUUAAUCGAAAGCUACUGUAUUUUUAAAGCAUAUCUUUAUUUAUUAUUGUUAAUCGUCCGAAUGGAGCUACUUGGAAAAGAGAAGAAGUAUUUCGAACAAAGAGGUAGAGAAAACGCGUUGUUUCUUUAUUUCCUGUUCGAGAAUACUGUUUCUUUUUACACAGCUCUGUCUGUGUGUCACGGGAAACAACUGCGCUAACGAUGAAUAAUCGAGACGAAUAAACGAACUUAGCGUUACCUAGAAUGCGGCGAUCGCACACCUACUUUCGGUGCCGUUUAGUAAUUCUCGAGAUGAAACACGAACCAGGCUCAAAAGAAUAUCGUUCGUAUAUCCCAUACACUUCUGAGCAGUUAAAGUUUUUCUAAGACACGUCACAAGACUGUAUUAAUCGUUAAUCGGCGUUAUUCGCGGAAGGAUCUCGUAUUCAUCCCCCUUUUACAUCCCUCUUACCCACACCCUCUUCCUCACUCUCCCUUCUACACUCGUUUGUAUUUUUUACGUUAUUUUUCUUGCGCGAAUUUUCUAUAUUUUAUACGGCAUGUUUAUAUAUACAUAUAUACAUAUAUAUAUAUAUAUAUUGUUGUUAGAAUUUUCUGCGAACGACAGCCGACAGGACGAUGCUCGAUUAAUUUUUCUUUAUUUACCGCCGCUCAAAACGUGUGUCCUCACAGAAUUUGCUCAGAGUGAAAAGAAGACAAAAAUCAAUCUCGCCGCUUAUGAAUAUAAGUAUAAAAUAGUAUCAACUGUCGGACAAAAACGUGCUAGUUAAGAGUUCUUAUAGUAUUGGCACGACGAGAAAUUUAUUUUGAAACGAAUGCAGACUAAUAUUUGACUUUUACAUUGGCUCGAUAUAUGCACCGUUCCGCAGUUGAUUUACUGUAACAUACCACGAGUGCCUAUUAAUAAUAACGAGAAACUGAAUGUCGGAUCCCGCAGUAAAGCUAGAAAGCUUUGUUAGCAACCCGAGAUUAGAGCACGUUUGUCGCAUGAGAGGGAACGAGAGAAAGAGAGCGUGUGCGCGUGGUUUCGAAAGCGAAACCUCGUUACUUUUGUAAAUAAAAAAAUGUUAACUCGUGAUCGGUCACGUUUGUGUGAUCAGAAAGGAUGCCACACGAACCGUGCGUAUACGGUGAGAUCUCGUCGCAGGUUCUACUCGCAAAUUCCAAAAUAAUCUGUAUCUCACGAUUACUUGCCCAAUAAGAGGAAACGUUACCUAUACAUAUACGACCACGCCGACCACGAAUCAAUAUAUUUGUACAUAAACUGCACUUUCUUUUUUCUUUUGCCAAAAAGCGCGAUUGUUAUUAUUCGUGCCGAGGAAAUGGCGCUGAUAUCGUGAACGCGUGUGUUAAAAAGAGCAUAUCGGCCGGAGAAGGAACUAUGAACGUUUUUCUUCUAAACCAUCAUCAUCGUGUCUCCUCUUUAACCGUACCCCUGAAAUAGCUUCUUCGAGGACAUUUCGAAUACAGUUCCUAUGCAGUAUGAUAAAACGACUUCUACUCACGAUCAGUCGACCGUUGUCCAUUGAUAAAACAUAUGAUUCCAAGACGACACUUUUCAUUAUCCUUUCUCCGGCUGUACGGAGAUAUAAGUAUUUAGAUCUAAGGGACAUAUCCACAAGCGUGUAGUGUACUUGUAUAUGAAUACCGAAAUAAAUAUUUUCAAUGUUUUUGACAAUA